AUGAAUAUUGACACCCAAGAAACGGAUAUUGUCAAUAAUGAUACUAAUAUUAAUCAAGAUACGAACAUUCAUAACGAUUCGAACGAUACAAUGGAAUAUGACCAUUUGGAUACUACAGCAAAAGCUUGGGAACCUUCAAAUGAAAUGCUUUCGCUUACUUCUGACAUUUACCAUGAUAAUACACUCUCCAAGAAUGAUCGUUUUAAUAUUAUCAAAAACCAACCUGUCAAUAAACUUAUCACGUUCAAACCACCUAUCAUGGAUGCACCUUUAUGGCAAAUCAUGUCAAAAGAAGCAAAACAUACAGACACUCUGCUUCAAAAGGUGGCUUAUCGUGCAUCAACCAUUUUACGUCCAAUUGAUAAUCUUCUUAGAAACACUUAUGAAUCAUGUCCAGAAAAUGAUGAUGAUGAAGCCCUUAAACUUAUCUCUUUCAACUAUAAACCAAAAGCGGAUUACUCAGAAGUAUUUGGUGAACGCCUCCACGAAUUUAUUGAAAAAGAAAACGCUACUAAUAAACUUAUCCACAAGGCACUAUUGCACAAAAAAAGAGGUCAACAAACAGUCCCAGCAUACACAACACAUCACAAUCGACCAAACUUUAUGGCACAUAAUCGUCUAUUCAUCCAAGUAUACACUCGUAGUUACAAUAAUUUUUCGCACAAACAAUUUAUGGGAAACUCCACAAAGGAAUUAGAAAUUGGAAGGUAUCUAAGAUACUGUGCACAUUCAUGGCUACGGCUAUUCGGUUCAUCCUGGGUUACAUCAGUUAUUUUGGAAGAAUUUUCAAGUUUAUGUUCAGAAAUACAGUCCUUAUUAGACAAAAAAGUGAUACGCCAUUUGGACAUGAAUGUUUCAUGUUUUGUUUCAAACCUAUUGCUUAUACCCAAAAAAACUAGCGAUCUUCAUCCACCAUUUCAAAAUGGAGACGAUCGAAAUGGUCAAGAAUCUACUUCAUCAAAACGAUUAUAUGGUUACAAUAGAUCUCCAGGAUGCCUUCUUUCAUGUACCUUUGAAUCCAAACUCUUAACACUUCUUCGCUUUCAACUUCAAUGGCACCUGAUACGCAUUCACGUCUUUGCCUUUCAGACUUUCCACAAGUCCAUGAAUAUUCACAAAGAUCUUCUGCCCUCUGAUAACACAUCUCAGGUCCUUGGGAAUUCGUAUAGUAGCAUAUCUAGACGACAUUAUAAUUUUGGCGAAUUCGAAGAAGACUCUCCUCAAUCAUUUAGAGAUCAUACACCAACUGGAAAAGUCUCACCUAUCACCAACUCGAAAUUUGGAGUAUCUAGGUUUCCACAUAAACACACAGAAAAUGACCCUUUCUCUAACACGAAAGAAAGUCAAAGAUAUUAUCAGGGAGUGCAAAACCCUUCUUCUACAAGAUCAAGUCCACAUCCGCAAAUUGGCAGCAUUAAUAGGGAAAUUGACUGCAGCAACUGCAACAGUCUUUCCCAAUCGAUUGAAGUCACGGGCACUAUUGAGAGACAAGAUUACUGCACUCAAACUCAGGGGAUGGAACUCAUACCUGACCCUAUCAAUGGAGAGUCGAACUCAACUCAAAUGGUGGAUAAAGAACCUGAAAUAUUGGAACGGUCAAUCAAUAAUACCAGCAACACCACAAAUUACAAUGUUCACCAAUGCAUCCCUAACGGGUUGGAGUACAGUAAUAGGAAAACGUAUAGUAUAUGGUUUUUGGGACAGAAAAGAACAAAUACAGCACAUAAAUCUAUUGGAAUUGAAAGCAAUAGAUCAUGGGCUUCGAUCCUUCAAAGAAAUUCAGAAUUGCACCAUCCGGGUAAAAUCAGACAACAUCAUGGUAGUAGCCUAUUUAAACCACCAGGGUGGAACAAUAAGCACAAAUCUCAGCCAGUUAACAGAAAAAAUAUGGAAUUUCUGUUUGUCAAAAAACAUUUGAAUUAUAGCCGAACACAUACCAGGCACUAUGAACAUUAUGGCAGAUCAAGUCUCAUGGCAAAAACCAGAACCCUUCAAUUGGAAAAUAAAGAAACACAUGUUCAACUGAAUAAAUCAAAUUUGGGGUCUAUUUGUAAUCGACCUCUUUGCAGACCAAAAGAAUGCGCUACUUCCAAGAUAUUUUUCAUGGCGUCCAGACCCAUUUGCAAAAGGAACAAAUGCACUAAACCAGUCGUGGAACAAGAUAAAAGGAUGGGCCAACCCAUCAUGGAUUUUAAUUCCUCAGAUUCUAGCCAAAGUAAUACGAGAACGAACUACGAUAUGUCUAAUAGCUCCAUGGUGGCCAUCAGCCCCAUGGUUCCCAACACUUCAGUCUCUACUAAUAGAGCAGCCAAUCCUUCUACCAUCCCAUUGUAUGAUACAGGGACCCAGCGCAACGAAGAUCCCAUAGAGGUUCAACCAGUGAAAAAUAUUCGCAUGGCUCUUAUCAGGAGUAAGCUCAAAGAGAAAAAUUUCUCUGAGCGAGCAAUAUUAUUAUAUACAAAGGCAUUCGAUCCAAAGGCAUCAAUGACAGUUUCUUCUAAUAUUAAAAAGUGGCUAGAUUGGUGUGAAAUAAUAGAGCAGGACCCAAUAACCUGUAGUUUGUCUAUUAUUUGUGAAUUUCUUUUAGACCAACUAGUGGCAGGAAAAGCAUAUAAUACAAUUGCAGGGUAUAGGUCAGCUAUUAGCGAAAUUCAUGACUUUAUCGAUGGUACGCCAAUCGGCAAACACUCAGAUGUUUGUAGAGUAAUGCAAGCUAUGAAUAACGAAGACCCACCACCAAUUCGUUCAGAUGACCCGAUCGAUUUAAUACCUUCACUCGAUUAUAUUAUAAGACUCAAUAAUAACACAGAACAUUCAUUGUGUACAGCAAGCCGACCUUCAGACUUGGCCCGACUUGAUCUAACAUCCCUGACCAUUACAACCAAUGCAAUUACAUUAAAUUGUCUUAACCCAAAAGAACUCAAAAUUAGUAAUUCAAGAGCAUUAACACAGGGAUCAAGAGCAACAAGAUCUUCGGUAAAAAAGAUUGUUAUAGGAGAUUUUGAAAAUCGAUCUCUUAGCCCUAAAGUAGCUUUAUUAACCAUGCUCGAGACUACACAACAUUUAAGAACAACAAGAGAACAAAAAGAAUCACCUACUGCUACAGCCAAGGAUAUUAGAGUUAUGGCAACAUUUUUUGCACAAAACAGAGGAGCAGAUCUUGCCACUAUCCUAGCUUUAGGCAACUGGUCCAACAAUCAAGUCUAUCAACGUUUUUAUCAAAGAGGAAUAAAACUUAUGCUUGAACGACCUAUUUGUUCUGGGAAAAGGACUAUUGUCGAUUGGCUUAAACGUGAGCAUGAGUUUACGGAGUUAGACGCUAAAAAGUAUAAAAAUCCAGAAGAACUAAUACAUUCCGUAAUAAAGGAUUUGAAAAAAAACUAUGUAAUAUUUGGUAUUGACGACUGUACCUUAAAUGCAUUAAAAGAAUGCAGACGACGUCCUUUUUUUCUAUUAUUGGCUGUGGAUGCUGAAUUGAGAGUUCGAUAUGCAAGGUGGAAAAAUCGCGAAAAUAAAGAAAAUUUCAAUGAUUUCAUGGACCAAAAUGAUAAAAAUUGGAAUGAAAUUUACAAAAUAAUGUACAUGGCUGAUUUUGUCAUCACAAAUUCAUCAGAAAAAGCGGAUCUUUACAAAUAUCUUAAUGACCUUGAUAUCACAAAUCCAUUGCUAUUGCGACCUGAUUAUGACACAUAUUUCAUGAAUUUGGCAGAUCUGGUAGCAUCAAGAACAAAUUGCAUAAGACGUAAGGUUGGUUGUGUAUUAGUUAAAGACUCUAGAGUAAUCGCGACAGGGUAUAAUGGUACAGCAAGAGGUUUAAAGAAUUGUAAUGAAGGUAAUUGUGAAAGUUGCUCUCAAGAAGAUGGUGGUAAAUCGAGCACUUGCAAAUGUCUGCACGCGGAAGAAAAUGCAUUAUUGGAAGUUGGAAGAGAAAAUAAAGAUUGCAUUCUUUAUUGUAACACGUGA